GGGCAGAGCCGAGCCGAGCCGAGCCGGGCCGAGCGGGAGCGGGUGCGGGUCCGUGGCGGUCCGGUCGGAGAGCAGCGCCCCGGGCCGGGAAGGUGCCCCGUGUGUGUGGGGCAGAGCAGCGCGGAGGCGAGAUAGCUCAGGUGAAGACACUGAACCCAAAGAUCUAUACCUUAUUCCAAGAACAAUCAUGGCUGAACCUGACUACAUAGAAGAUGACAAUCCUGAAUUAAUUAGACCUCAGAAAUUAAUCAAUCCUGUGAAAUCAUCCCGGAACCAUCAGGACCUGCACAGAGAGCUGCUCAUGAACCAGAAAAGGGGUCUUGCACCUCAGAAUAAACCAGAGCUGCAAAAGGUGAUGGAGAAGAGAAAACGAGAUCAAGUGAUUAAGCAGCAGAAAGAAGAGGAAGCACAGAAGAAGAAAUCGGACCUGGAAAUAGAGCUACUGAAACGACAGCAGAAGCUGGAGCAGCUGGAACUCGAGAAGCAGAAGAUACAGGAGGAGCAGGAAAACGCACCUGAAUUUGUAAAAGUCAAAGGCAAUUUAAGGAGGACGGUCCAAGAAACUACAGAAGCCCCAGACUCCUAGAGCAAGCACCUGCUAAGACUGCCAGCGUUCCAGUGGUGGCUGCAGAGAGAGAUUGUCUCAAAUUUGCCCGCAGUAGAGAGGAUAAACAGCAUCCAGGUGACAUUUGCUGAGGAUGAGUUUUGAAUUUCUGGAACGUGUAUGGAUUAAGACUGCAACAUAAAACGAUUGAAUUCGCCAAACACAGACCUGAGACAAAUGGAAGCAGCCUGUUGUCAGUUCAGGGUUGUGGACAUCUGAAGUGCUUAAUCGGAGACUUAAAAGAAACCAGGGGCCCUAGAUAAACCCCUUGAAUGUUGCACUGCUUGGUUUCUUCUAAUCCCAGUUUAAUGAAGACAUCAAAGUUGUAUUUUGCUCUUUUUUUUUUUUUUUUAAGGAAAAAAAAAUCCUCUGCUAGUAUUUUAUGGAAUUUGGCUGUGCAGUAAACUUCUCACUGUCUGUCCCUUUGGUCUGGGUCAAGUCUGGUUGGGAAAUGUGGAUUCAUGCACUUAAUUUUAAUAGGUGUUUAAAUCCAGAGAGGAAGUGGUAUAGUUUAAUCAUACCUGAGCACCUUGGUUAUCUGUUACAAUAGAGGAAAUUGGUGUGGGGAGAUGGGAAUGCUUGCUUUCAGCAGCCCUGAGCAGCUAGAAAUAUUUUCAGCCAAAUUCCACCUCCGGAGGUGCAUCUAGAAUUUGGUCCUUGAGAGAACAAAAAUCAGAUUAUUUCCCUACUUGGGCAGGUAAAAAUCUGAUUUUUAUUUUUUAUUUUUUCCUUUCUACCUUCAGACACUCCUUUAUCUUCCACAGAGGAAUUGUACUGUGGACAGGCCCAUGCAGCUCCACCUGCUCACCUUGCUUUUCCCAGCUCUUACAGGCAACCAGCCCUCACUUUUAGUUGUUACAUUUUGAAAUCCUGCCUAUUUUGUUGAUGUGUUUUUUCUGUGCUGUGAACCCCAAGAUCCAAACUCAGUAUUAUUGGGUUGGUCAGGACCUGUAAUCGCACUUGGUGUGACUGACCACAGGCCCAUUGAGCUAGGGGAGUGAUUCUACCUGUGAACUCCCAUUGACCAGAACAGGGAUGGCGACCCAGACCUGCUAUGGAGGGAUAGUUAAAUUGCUACUGAAAUGAGAAACCUUUCUUAAUUUUGCUUUAUGAAAUGGACCUGAUUUAUCUUAUCUUUCCUUUGCCUCGUGAAAUGAGGGACUCGCAUUACCACUGAGUUUUAAGGCUGGAUUUCUGUCAUCCUCGGGCAAGUAGUCCCUUGAACUGCUCUUGAGUAAGGCUCUACUUUGUUUGAUGAAGAAUUUGACCCUUUGUGUUUAUGACUACUGUUUUUUUCCAGGGCAUCCUGGAGUUGGGCAUGCGGAACAGAUGAUGGCUCAUGUAGGCUCAGGUCCUAAGCUGAGAUAAAUGGGUGCACAUGUCUCAAAGACCUUAGAAACUAGAGAGAAAUGCUCAUCACACCAGUGGUGAUCUGGUUGUAGUUUUUGCCAUCAGUUGCUAAACAGAAAUACAUCCUAGCUUGUGCUUACACCUGAGCUCACUGUUUGAGAACACGCUCUGAUAAUAUGAAGUGUGUGCGUUUCUGCGUAAGAAGUUUUAUUGUAUUUUUCUCUUUUGCUUUCCCUUCUGCAUCCUGGAAAUUAAAUACAACUUCAGUUUAGCAGGCAGGGCAUAAUGCGCCAACUUAGCUAUGCUUUCUGGCUGCAUCUGUCAUGUCGUUAAGAUCCAGGCAUUUCUUAUGAGGACACAAUCAAAUUUAGAAGUAAAUUAAGUUGUGACAAACAUACUACCGUUGACUAGAUUUACAGCAAAGCUCACGUUCAGAAGACUGAACGCUAAAAGGGCUUACAAAAUUGUUCCCUUUAUGGUCAGUUAUAGAGGAUAGAUUAUAGAGGCCAAAUAUAAGGAUCUUCCAUGCUGUUUUCCUGCAAAACAAAAUUCUAACUACUUCAGCUUCUUCCCUUCUGUACUUCCUUGGGAAGGAAGUCGUCUUCCUGUUGGUCAGCCCAUUGUUCAGAUGUUCACACUGAUCAAGUGACUUGGCUGCUUGUCUUCUGUUAAGACGGCCCUACACUCUUGUUUUAUGUGGUGCAUCCUACAAGACAGGACUGUGAAAAAUGCUCCCUUAGAAAUCCUACCUUGAUUUUUAGCCACCCAAUCCCUGCCUCAUCACGACCUUCUUCAAGUCUGCUGAACUCCACUCUACAGCUGCUCUCAUGUUCAACAGGCAGGUCUUCAGCAAGAGGGAAGAAAUGCCCAUCUUGCCUGAUCAACUUGUUUUCUCAGAAGGAAUCGUAGGCUUUACCACUUCCCUUCCAUCUGUGAGACAGCCCUGCUACUCACAGCCACUGAUAUAAAAGAAAUUGGGGUCUAAACUCAAAAUACAGGGAAGUCAAUGGGAAGAUCUCCUUUAAUUUCAUUGAUUUUUGGAUUAGGUGAUUGUGGCAAAUGCAGGAUGGAUCUUUUCCACUUUCUUUUCCUAUUGGCUUGUGAUUCAGGGUAGAGCUUUUCUUUCGCAGAAGGCUUGAAAACUCCCUUGUACAUAAAGUGUGAAGUAGGCUUUCUUUUUAAUUCAAAUUCUCUCUUGCUAGAUUAAAUACUAGUAGAACGUUGAUGCGUGUGUUAGGACACCGUAGAAAUCUUUGCCAAGGAAUCCCAAAGUCUAUUUGAUGGUGUUUCGAAAGGCAAAAAUCGGUCAUUAAAAUCAGGGUCCAGCAUUGGGCUAGAAUGUGCGGCCCCUAGAUUGGUGACCACUUAGUCACACCAGAAGUGCCAUUGUUUCCAAUGGGGUGCUUGUUUGGAGGGCAGUUUGCCCUUCUGAGUAAGGGAUUCCUAAUUUGGCCCUUAGUUUUUUGGAAUUUUAAGCAAUCCUCCAAGUGUUCCAUUGAUUUAAACUUUUACCACUUUUGCCUCCAAUAGGGCAAGAAUCUUUUUAACCCUUUACUUUUUGAUACUAGGAUAGUAAACGUAGGGUUUUGUUUCUAGCUCCUAAAGCUGGCUUUAACCUCCUGUUGAUAUAUCUCCUUCUUUGAGUGUACAUAUAUAAAUAUAUAUAAAUAUAAAAAGGGAGCCUUAAUGGAUUUGUUUUCAUAAUUUAAUAUUUUUUGUAUUUGCUCUUGUAUAAUUGUUUUUAAAGGUAUGAUGAAAAAUGAGGGUGGAAUACUUAGAACCAAAGUUAAGCUUAAUAAAAUCUACUAUGUGCUUGGAA